AUGACAGAAGAAACACAAGAAAAGUUAGUAGAUCGAAAUUUUAAUGGAAAUUAUGAAACAAGAGGAGCACCCCACCCACAGGAGGAAAUUGACGACCAUAACGAUGUCUUUAUUUCCUAUAUGGAAAAUAAAUUGGAGGAAAAGUUAGGUGAAUCGCUGUCAAGAGUAUUAGAUAAGAGCUUGCAACAAUGGACGACGAAAAUGAAUGGGGUAAAUGCGAUUGAAACAAACUUUCCGAAAAAGAUAUUUAAGAGGUCACGAGACCAAUAUGAGUAUGAUGCAGUGUGUGAUACCGGUACCUUGCUUCAAAAAGCAAUCCAGGAGGACUCAAAGGAAAAAGUAGCAGAAGUACAAGAACGUUUGAGGCUGAGGGCAUUUAUUUUAAGGGUGGCGGAGGAAGAAGGUUGGAACAUUGCAGUGAAAAUUCCAAAACCAACACCUGAAGGUGAUGAAUUUAGAAAUUUGUUGGUUGAGGCGAGAAAACAAGCAAAACAAAAGGAAGGGUAUUUCGCAUCAUAUAAUCUAAAGACUUGGCAAACUAAGGGACGAAAAUUUUGGAGUUGGGGUUCAAGGGCAAAUUAUUAUACACCUUACCCUCCACCCCACUCAUAUACUCAGCAUACACCAUCACCGCAGACUUAUCAGAACCAAACGGCAGUUUGCGCUUCAAGAUCUGCAGAAAGGGAAAAACAAGGAGCUAGAAGUAAUGAACAAUAUAGAACACAGCAGAGAAGUCAUUGGAAAGAUUCACGAACCAGCGGCGAUAAGAUAAUGGAUGGAAAAAAUAAACCCACCACCCGUAGUAGCUUGUUGGUUGAGAAACAAGAUACCUCUAUUCCCAAGAAACGUAUAGAGUCUUGCAGAGAGCAGAGUCCCGAAGCCCUACAAAAUGACAAUGGACCAGGAAGACUGGCCGCGUCUGAAAAAUACUGGGCCCUCUAUGAGAAAUUCUGUAAAAGGUUUGGUUUGGACGUGGAAAAUCCACAAGAAAAUGGAAAGGAAGAUCUUGAAAAAUCAUUAGCAGUAACGCAGGUUUUAAGGGCAAUAAAAAAGGAA